AUGACUCAAGCUCGGUUUACAUUUGCCAACUCCUCGGAAAAGGUCCCUGGUAAUGGCACCUUGCCUCCCGAGUUCACGAUAAAUGCGAGUUCUUCUACGGAUAUCUGGUCGAAACCGCCCUCAACGGAACGCUUCAAUGCACCUAUCCUCUAUCGCAGUGUGCCCUUGAAGUCAUUCAAGAGGGCUCGAGUCGCAGUCAAUGCCAAUUGGCAGCAGAAAUACGACCAAGGCGGCCUCAUCCUGGUCUUGAUUGCUGCAGACGGAACCAGAAAAUGGGUGAAAACAGGCAUUGAGCUCACGCACGGCAAACCUCAUUUGAGCACUGUCUCGAAAGACCGUUGGGCGGAUUGGAGCUUGCUUUCCAUCCCUUCUGGCGGAGCAGCAGCAACCAUUGAAAUCGUCAGGGAAGCAGACGGGAGCUUGUGGAUUUACUUAGUCGAGGGUGUCCAGAAGUCUCCUCUCCGUGAGAUUACAUGGUUUUUCGAGGAGCAAGAAAACGUUGAAUGCUGGGUCGGCGUCUAUGCUGCGAGGCCAUCAAGUGAGGGAGGUGAUUUGGUGGUCAACUUUGGACACCUGAUUGUUGAUCUGGCCGAGUAA